GCCUCCAACAGGUACAUUGAGGACGCUUUUAAGCAAACAACCAUUGUAUCCUAAUGUACAUGUCUUGGUGGAAACACUCGUCCUGACGUCAUACCCAUUUCUAAAACAUGUCGAUCCAGGACCGACUUGGGGUCAAACCUACUUUGCCAGUGUAGACAUCUAGAGUGACACGCGUGGUCGAUGAGCUGAUGCAUUGCCCAACGCGAGCUGGUAGUUGCUCAAACACAAUAACUAACUUUGUAACUCUAACCAUUGUCAAGGUAUUCCGGAGACGAGUGUCAUCCGGGGGAUUAUUUUUUUUUCUGGGGACUGAUUCUGUGGCGUGUCACAUUAUCGUUAAUUAGAGCUGAGGCGACUAACGAGACACAUUAAUUGGUAUAAAGGAGAUACCCCGAGUUGUAACCGACACACACGUAAUAAGAGAGAGUGAAAAGAGAGACAGAGAGAGAGAGAUAAAGAGGGAGAAACAACCCGUAGCGUGCAUUUGAUUUCGUAGGUUUUUUCGUAGACCGUGUGAGGAGGUAACGUUUAGAAGGUCACAGUGAUAUAAAGAAGAACAUUUUAAAGGUUUUUAAUAUGCAGACUUUUAACGCGACAUCGUGGAGCAUCGGGGUGUGCCUCCUUGCUGUUCUGUACCUCAUAUAUUGUACAGGGCUAUCAGAAGCCAGCUACAUAUACACGGGGGAGGAAGGACAGGCACUGAACCCUCUGAUGGAGCCGAUCAAUGACGACCUGAACGAGCCCCAGGUUCUCCCUAUUAACCCCGUGUUACCGCGUUCCCUUCUGGCCCGUAUCUGGCCCCAGUUCAGCCGCGAGGUCCGGAAUGGCGUGUAUAAGAAGAAGCAGUGCAAGCCGGGUCUGCUGACUAUGUUUGGUUGCAGUAGAGGAUAAACUCCCUGUUCUGUUUGAAAGUGUUUUGCAUUCAUUUGGAGACCUUAUAUUAUUUGGACAAAGGACAAAACUCUUAUUAUAUGACAAAAGGAUGGAUAUUUUAUUGAAUGGAUGGUGAAUACUAUUUUCAUUUCUCGCAUGCCGACUGACUAGAACUCUUCAGAGCGUACACGCAUGUUUUAUCUACUUCUUGGAGAAUGCGCAUAUUAUUCAGAGAGAAUCUUCUGUCUUGCAGAAAAAAAGUACAUAUUUGGAAUGCCAUAUUUCGUUCACGAGAGCAUGAAGGAUGGAUUAUUUCACUUCAUGAAAUGGCGAUAUUAACAGUUUUUCGUUUUACACGUGCAUGGUGAAGUCAUUGACGUCAGAACUGGUGUGCAUGUCUUGCAGAGUUUCAGUUAUAUAGAUAUAUACGAAAUCACUGUUGGUGACGUAACGGUCCCUUGCGCGCUUUCUUUCAGCUGGCAUCAUUAUACAGAACGGAAGAGAAGACCAACCAAAGCUGAUCACGAUUUAGUCCAAAUGUAUCUCGAGCCUUCAGAGUGACAGAAAUGCAAAUCAAUUCACAGCCGCCACGUAAAGAAUGAAAACCAAAUCUAAUAAUGGGCAUUCACGUACGACAGAUGGUAUGAGAUCCGAAGUUUUCUCCAUAUCCCGUAAAACCCACCAGGAAACUGAAACUGGACAUGGUGAUGUUUAAUUGCCAUUCUUUAUUCGAAUAAACCUACAACCGGACCAAGCAAAAUAUACACUUUAAUAUUCCCAAUCCGUCGUGAAGAACAAAGCUGUUGGCUCCAAUCAUUAAACUUAAAAGUAUCAAUGCUGUGUGCAUUAAAUUCUGGUAAACCAAGUUAAAUCAUUUCUUCAGAUUUUGUAUGAUUUUGGUUUAAGUAAUUACAAACGGCCAACAUAAUUAAGUUAGGAAAUUCACUGAUUACUGUAUUUAACCUUAUUUGACGAUAAUAGUUUUGAUGAAAAAAGAUCACUCACAUGUGAAACAGCAUAUAAUUGCAACAUGCUUAGUUUUAGCUCACAACGGAAAAACGGAAUCCCAUAUAUGACAUCAUCUAUAUACUGCUUACUGGACUCGUGUUUUGUAUGUGUUUUAUAAGUAGAAAUCGGUAAAAGUCAAUCACAUCCAUUCAUUCAUAUUCAUUAGUCGUAUUUUGAUCUAAUUAAAUUAAAUCGUAUCUUUUAUAGGUCAUACUUCAUUUGUUUAUAUUUGUUUAACUCUUUCGUUUGUCAGCAGAUCCAUUUAUUCUUUCACAAAAGCGAAUGGAAUUUUUGAAAAUAUAAUAAAUGGC